AUGGAUGACUACACAGUCCUGCAAGUGAUCGGCGAGGGCUCCUUUGGCAGAGCUCUUUUGGUUCAGCAGGAAAGCAGUAAUCGGGUGCUGGCCAUGAAGGAAAUAAGGCUUCCCAAGUCUUUCUCUGAUACACAGAAUUCUAGGAAGGAGGCUAUUCUGUUAGCCAAAAUGAAACAUCCCAAUAUCGUUGCCUUUAGAAAAUCAUUUGAAGCUGAUGGACAUCUGUAUAUUGUGAUGGAAUAUUGUGAUGGAGGGGACCUAAUGCAAAAGAUUAAAAAUCAAAAAGGGAAGUUAUUUCCUGAAGAUAUGAUACUUAAUUGGUUUACACAAAUGUGCCUUGGAGUAAAUCACAUUCACAAGAAACGUGUUUUACAUAGAGAUAUCAAGUCCAAGAAUAUCUUCCUCACCCAAAAUGGAAAAGUAAAAUUGGGAGAUUUUGGAUCUGCUCAUCUUCUCUGCAAUCCCACGGCAUUUGCUUGUACGUAUGUGGGAACACCUUAUUAUGUGCCUCCGGAAAUUUGGGAAAACAUGCCCUAUAACAAUAAAAGUGAUAUCUGGUCCUUGGGAUGCAUUCUGUAUGAACUCUGUACCCUUCGACAUCCAUUUCAGGCAAAUAGUUGGAAAAAUCUUAUCCUCAAAAUAUGCCAAGGGUCCAUCAGUCCACUGCCAUCUCAUUAUUCCUAUGAGCUCCAGUAUCUAAUCAAGCAGAUGUUUAAAAGGAAUCCCUCUCAUCGCCCUUCAGCUACAACACUUCUCUCUAGAGGCAGCUUAGCCCCGCUUAUCCAGAAGUGCCUACCCCCAGAGAUCAUCACAGAAUAUGGUGAACAGGUAUUAGAAGAAACCAGAAAAUCUAAGCAUAAUACACCGAAAAGAAAGGGGGAAGAAGAAGUUAGAAAAUGUAGCCGCGGUGAUUUAGAAAGCAUUAAUAAAAAUUUGGUUGAAAAUGCAUUGAGGAGAGAAGAAAAAGGCAAUAAAUCAGUCCAUUCCAGGAAAGCCAAUUCACCAAGUCCUCACAGGCAACAGUGGGAGAAAAACAUAUCCAAGACUGCUGUUAGUGCUUUGCAAAAUGCAUCCAUACUGACCUCCAGUUUAACAACAGAGGACGAUAGAGGUGGCUCUGUAAUAAGGUACAGGGAAAACAAUGCCCGUAAGCAGUGGCUCAAAGAGACCCCUGAAACCUUGUUGAACCUCCUUAAGAAUGCUGAUCUCAGCUUGGCAUUUCAGACAUACACAAUAUACAAACCAGGUUCAGAAGGGUUAUUGAAAGGCCCCCUGUCUGAAGAAACAGAAGCAUCAGACAAUGUUGAUGGAGUUCAUGAUUCUGUCGUUUUGGAUCCUGAGAGACUAGAACCUAGACUGGAUGAGGAAGACACGGACUUUGAGGAAGAAGACGACAACUCUGAUUGGGUAUCAGAACUGAAGAACUGA